UCCGCCUUUUAGGAAGCUUCGAGUUCACAGGGAUUCAGCUCGGACGUGUCAUGAGUACAGACAACUGAAAGGACACUAUUGAUAUACAUGACUCUCUUCGGCUCUUGCCAUACAGGGAUAAAUCUGCCGUGCUAAAAGUUUGACUACAGUCGUUUGAAUCAUUCUCGGUGCCGUGUUGGAUCUGGAUACCUGCUCAUGUGAGUUUUCCUCCAGCUAUGGAACCCUGGCCUCUCAUGGCCUGGGGCCUGAUGCUGACCGCCAUCAUCAAAGUGGUUCAAUCGAGGGACUUCACGGAAAAAGAUAUUAUUUUUCUCCAUCCCUCAACAACUCCAUAUCCAGGAGGAUUUAAAUGUUUUACUUGUGAAGAUGCACUUGACAACUAUGAAUGCAACCGCUGGGCUCCAGAUCGCUACUGUCCACGAGAGAGCAGAUAUUGCUACACACAACAUAAGAUGAGCUGGGAUGGAAACACAGUGUCGGUGACAAAGCGUUGUGUGGCGCUGGAAGACUGUCUUGAAACAGGCUGCUCUGAGAUGGACCAUGAAGGAAACAAGGUGUGCACAUCCUGUUGUGAGGGGAACAUCUGUAACAUGCCCCUCCCACGAAACGAGACUGAUGCCAUCUUUGCUACCACGUCUCCUAUUAACGCCAGCAUUCAGCCAGCACAGAGUCCCACGCUGCUGCUCUCUGUCUGUAUCAUCAGCCUGACGCUCCACAGUAUUAACUGAGACAAUCAUCCGGAGUGGAAUAAACCUUAACAGCAGUCAGUUAGGAAACCGUCGUCAGCUGUGGGCUUUACCUUUCUCAAAAUGAAGUGUUAGCUCUUGGACUUUUUAUUUCCUAUGAAUACAUUUUUAUGAAUCAUAUACUAAUGUUUGGUUUGGCUCAAGCUGAGUGGUUUUUCGUGAUGGAUGUGGGAUGGGGAUAUUUAUGGCAAAACUGACACAAACCUGCACAUUUUCUUGUUUCGCGUUUUAUACGUUUGUAUAGAUAUAUUUAUUUUUUUAUCAUCCGUUUUUGUAGGAAGCUGAACUGUUGACUAUGAACAUAUUUUUCUGGGGGGGGGUCAGGCUACAUGAGUUUUCCAGCCAGCCCUCUCAUUGUUCGAGUAUUCUUGUCAUCAUGGAAAAGGGCUUGGCACCUAUAGGAUCCAAGUUCAGCGUGUCAUCCAGCAUUCCUCGCUCCUAUAAAAAGAACAUUCUCUGUUUAGUUUUGCACUGUGUAUUUGUGUCAUAAUGCAAGCACUUGUGUACAGAUUGCCGUGUGGAAGUGGAGUGACUAGCAUUGAACAUCUAUAUAGCCUACAGUGGAGGGCUUUAAUAUUAUGAUAUACAUAUGUAUGUUCCUACACAUUUGUCGGUCCAUUGUUGUGUACUGUAAUAUUUCCUAAUCAGAAUUCCUGGCUGACUGUGUAAUCAGCAAAAAAGUGUUGAGUCUGCAGCGACAGUGUUAUUUUUUUCAGGCGUUAUGAUUUGUUUAGGCGAUGUGCCCGGCUGUAAAUGAAGCUAUUUCCCGUUUCUUCUCUGUCUUUUGUUGAGUUAUGAAAAGGAUUGUAACAUUCACUGAAUCAUUUUGUUUAAAUCAGUACAACAUAAAGGGCAAGGUGAUCACAGAAGGGCUGAAAACCUUUACUCAGGUAAUUAUGGACCAGUUAGUGCCAGUUUAGAAACACCUUUAUCCUGAGUAGACCCGGCCGAACAAUCUGAGCUUACAUGCGUUAAACAUGGCUCUGAAUGUGCUCUCAUUAGCUCCGAUUUAUAACAUUGUGUACAUAAAAAGGUUUUUUAAAAUCAGUUUUUACUCUCAUCUUUAAUAUAAAAAAAUAAUAAUACAGAUUUGAAAUAGGGUUGCAUGAACUUUUUAUACUUACAAAAUUGUGAAUGCUGCAUGCCAUCGUGUGCCAAGGCUACUUAUAAAUGUAGAUAUUUUUUUCUACGCUUGUUUGUAAUAUCCCUGUAUAUUCUUGUGUACAUAAUUUUGGAUGUGUUUUUAAAUCACACCUCUGGAGUACAUCGGUAACACUUGUGUGGUCUCUUACCUGUGUUGUAUGUAUUCAGUUGAAAUGUUUACUGAUGUUUUGUUUACUGAUAAUAAAAUAAAUAUUAAUUAA